AUGAAGGGAAGCUGCCUUUACAGCAGCAAAGAACCCAAGAUAUUAUGGGUUGAUGGGCUUCACUUGAUUACUUGGGCCUUGGUUCUAAUAAAGAUAUCUGCAGAUCUUGAGAAUGAAGGUGAUGGUGCUGUUGUUGUUAGAAAAAGCAUCACCAAGAUUGACCAUGAGUUACUGGACCCGUUUGUAUCACUAGUAGAAUUUUCCGUUUCACCUCCAGGUGGAUUCAGAGACCAUCCUCACAGAGGUUUUGAAAGUGUUACAUACAUGCUACAGGGAGGAAUUAUAUACGAAGACUUCAAUGGUCAUAAGAUUACAAUCCAUGAAGGAUAUGUUCAGUGGAUGACAGCAGGAAAAGGAAUCAUACAUUCUGAGAUGCCUGAAGAAAAAGUCAACAACGGCAUACAGCUUUGGAUCAACCUCCCUUCCUUUGAUAAAAUGAUUGAUCCAAAAGCCGUAGAACUGUCUAGUUCAGAGAUUCCAAGAGCAGAAGAAGAUGGAGUAGAGGUCAAAGUCAUAGCCGGAGAGUCAAUGGGAGUCAAAUCUCCUUUCUACACAAAAGUACCAAUCAUGUUCCUUGACUUUACUCUCAAGCAAAGAGCUCAAACUCACCCGACCGUUCCAGAGUCAUGGACCGCCUUUGCCUAUGUUAUAGAUGGUGAUUAUGGCGUGUUUAGGUCCUCUGACUCUUACACAGUACAAGCACACACUGUUGUGGUGCUUGGAAAAGGGGAUGGAGUUAGCGUGUUGAAUACGUCAAGCUUUAAGCCGUUGAGGUUCUUGUUGAUUGCAGGGGAACCUAUCAGCGAGCCUGUGGUUCAGCAUGGUCCAUUUGUGAUGAAUUCACAGGCUGAGAUUGAUAUGACCAUUGAGGACUAUCGCAGUGCCAAGAAUGGCUUUGAAGGAGCUAACUCUUGGAGGCCAGAGUAA